ACAAAGAUAUUUUUGAUGGAUUAGUGAGAUCAGUCCAGCAGUCAAAUAAUUUUAUUUGGUAUUUAUAUGUAAAUGCAUGUAAGUCUAAAAUAUUAAUAGUCUUAACAUUAAGAAAUCGGAAAGCAAACAAGAUCCUGUACAGUCCGUGUUUUAAAAAACAAAGUGUUAUUCUAGACAAUGAAGUUCACAGUUCUGCCCAGUAAGUGUAUCAAUGGCUUCUGAUGGAAUUGAGUUACAUGGUUUGAAUUUCACUUUCAAUUAUUGAGGUGUCCCUAUUCACCGAUGGACUUAAAGGGGCUAUAGAGCGACCGAGGACAGAAGUCUGCAGAGAUGAAACGGGGAGCUUGAGCGAUGUUCAACAUGCACCGAUAUUUCAUUUUCUUUUUCUCUUUUGAAGCAUUGAGCAACUUAAUACAAAUACGGAACGUCCUUGUAUCAGGUGCAGAUAUAAAACCUGAUAUUUCAGAGUAUUUGAUUCAGUGUAAUAAGACACAUAUAUCAUGCUCAGAGGGAACCUAUUUUUCAUCAGGCAUCUGCCUUGAAUGUCCCGCGGGCCAAUUCUGUCCUGGAAAUGUUUCUGCACCUAGAAGGUGUCCCACCGGCAUGUUUAACCCUUACACCGGAAAGAGUAGUGUUCAAGAUUGCCAGCCCUGUGCCCCAGGUUUGGUUAGCACAGAAGAUCGUGUGGAUUGCAAGCUGUGUCCUGCCGGUUUUUCCUGUGAUGGUGGAUCAGGCAACCCUACAGCAUGUCAUUCAGGACAUUAUUCUCCAGAUGGACUGACACAGUGCCUGCCCUGCCCCUUUGGCUUCAUUUGCAUUGAUGGCUUUCAAAUGAAGUGUGGUGCAGGGGAAGAACCAAACAUGAACCAGACUAUGUGUGUUGACUGUGUUGAAGGCUAUUACUCCACCCUGUGCAGUGCCCUGUGUCAGCUGUGUCCUGCAGGGAGCUACUGUCCCUAUAAAAAGAUGUCUGAACCUCUUCCCUGUCCCGCGGGCCACUACUCAGACAACUCGGGUCAGAGCGAGUGUAAAAAAUGCAAUGGUUCGUCAGACUGCAAAAGUACAUCGACUCCAUCUUGGUCAAAGGGGCAGCCGCAGCUGGGGCUGAGGUCAAGGCAGCUUAUCUCCUGUCCCCCUGGGACAUACAGAGACGGAGAGAGAUCAGACUGUGUUGUGUGUCCUCUCGGACACUACUGUGUUGCAAGCAUUGCAAUACAAUGUCCAGCAGGAACUUAUGGACCAAAGGAGGGGCUACAGAGAGAACGGGACUGUGCUAUUUGUCCUGCUGGGUUUUAUUGUUUGGAGGGCACUUCUCGCAGACCGAGUUCUCAGUUUUUGUGCCCACAAGGCUAUUACUGUGAAGAGGGCACGGGCGUGCCACACGGGUCACCUUGCCCCGCUGGAACCGCAGGAGGACAAUUGGGUCAGACAAGUAGGGCAGCGUGCAAGAGAUGUGCAGAGGGUCGCUACUGCCCUGCAGGUUCUGCAGGUCCUGGUUUGCUUUGUGCUCGGGGAAGAUACUGCCCGGCGGGCACAUUAAAUGAGAUCUUAUGUCCACAAGGAACCUUCACCCCACACCAGGGAGCCCUGAGUGUGAAGGACUGUUUAAAGUGUCCUCCAGGCUUUUAUUGUCCAGAGGGAACGAGCGACCCAAUGCCCUGUCAGCCGGGCACAUUCAACCCUCUAGAGGGGCAGGAUGCUUUGACAGACUGUAGGCCUUGCUACCCGGGCAAAGCUUGUACCCAAGUAGCAUUGAAGGUUCCUGAUGUGGAUUGCAUGCCAGGAUUUGUAUGUCCACCGGGUUCUGGCCGACCGAACGACCCAUCCAAUGCCUGCCCUCCUGGUACCCUUAGCAACCGCACAGACCUCACUGACCUCUCCCAAUGCCAGCAUUGCCCUGCACGUUACGCCUGCUUUCGAGGCACGGGUGGCGUCCAAAGACCACCACUCCUCUGCUUUCCUGGGCAUUACUGCCCCACCGGCACUAUGUUUCCCACUCAGCACAAGUGUCCUGCUGGCACCUGGAGUGAUCGAAGCGGGCUUGAGUCAGAGAGUGAGUGUCGGCCAUGUCAACGAGGCUGGUACUGCUUAGCGGGUGUGGGCGCCCCCUCUGGGAGAUGCAACUCUGGACACUAUUGUCCUGAAGGUACGUUGUAUGGCUCACAGUAUCCAUGCCCUCCAGGCACCUACAGCACAAAGAUGGGUAAUGGUGGAAAAGAGGAUUGUCAAGUCUGUCCAGAGGGAUAUUACUGUAAUGAAGGGACAUCUAAAGCGACGCCCUGUCCACCGGCAACAUUUCGUCGGAUGAAAGGGGGGCAAAGGGCAGAGGAUUGCUUAGUUUGCCCUGCUGGCUACUUUUGUCCUCAUCCAGCCACUAUCAACCCAAAAGUUUGUGGAACAGGAAGUUACUCUGACGAGGGGUCAGAGGAGUGCCUGCCGUGUUUGCCGGGUCACUACUGCAGCAAUGAAACUACCAGUGCAGAGGCCAUGCUCAGAAUAAUGGUCUGCCCUCCGGGGUUUCUCUGCUCGCAGGGUCUGGAUCGAGAACCCCAGCGCUCAGCAGUAUUCUGCCCAAUAGGGUUUUACUGUCCAGGUGGAAGUGUUGAUCCUAAUCCAGUACCGUGUCCUAAGGGAACCUACAGUCAACAGCCAGGUCUGCGUGACCCUUCAGACUGCACUAAGUGUCCAGAGGGAGAAUACUGCUACACAGAGAAUCCUCAGGAAGAGCCUCUCAUUCAACCAACAGGAAACUGUCCUAAUGGAUACUUCUGCCCUCCUGGUACUGGACAUCCAAUGUCAUUCCCGUGCCAGACAGGCUCCUUCAGAAAUGACUCUUAUGGUCAUAGUGGAGGAGCUUGUGUGGAGUGUCCUUCUGGACACUUCUGUCCCACUCCAGCCACACACACUCCUACAGUCUGUCCACAGGGUUUUUAUUGUAUUGAGGGAAGCUCAGCACCAGAGCCGUGUGCAGAGGGCACAUAUGGAUCCCGGCCAGGCCUGAGUGAAGCGUCACAUUGCACCCCUUGUAGUGGGGGCAAAUACUGCACAGCACUGGGACGAACUGAGCCUACAGGAAACUGUGAGGGAGGGUUUUACUGUAGACAUGGAUCUACGAGUCCAGUUCCUCCUGAUGGUCCUAAAGGGGGUGUAUGUCCUGCUGGAAGUUUCUGUCCACCAGGUUCAGUUCAUCCACAGCCCUGUCCUCCAGGAACAUACAGUAACAGUACGGGUCUACAACAUGCACAGCAAUGUGUCAACUGUCCUCCAGGCUAUUAUUGUUUAGGGACUAACUCCACAUUUCCAACCGGUCCAUGCUUUGCGGGUUAUUACUGCAUUGGAAGUUCAGCCACCCCUAUUCAAUAUGAAGCCGAGGAGGGACACUAUACCUUAGAAGGAGCCGUGAGGGCUGAACCCUGCCCAAUGGGAACUUUCCAACCUGGAAGAGCCUACAAUUCAUGCAUUGAGUGUCAACCUGGGCGACUGUGCAACAAGUCAGGCCUGUCCCAGCAGCCCCUAUGCCCACCAGGACACUUCUGCCCAGCUGGCACCUUAAUUGCCCAUCCAUGUCCUCCUGGCACAUACACUUCAAGUUCAGGGGCGGAGGACUUGCAGCAUUGUGGUCCAUGUGAUGCUGGUCAGUAUUGCCACUCUCCAGGCCUAACUGCUCCACAAGGACCAUGCGAACCUGGAUUUUACUGUACUGGUGGAUCCAACACAGGCAGCCCGAUAAGCUCCAGGUAUGGUGAUAUUUGUCCCAUGGGUUAUUACUGUCCAUCAGGCACCAGACACCCACAUGAGUUCCCCUGCCCUCCUGGUACUUGGAGUAAUGCACUGGGGGCUCAGACUGUGUCGUCCUGUUGGCAUUGCCCUGCUGGCUUCUUCUGCAAUAGCUCUGGUCUUAUUCAACCCACUGGAAUAUGUGCUCCAGGGUUUUAUUGUGCGGGUGGUGCUAAGACAGCCAUGCCUGAUGAUGGGGUAACAGGCAACAGGUGUCCGCCAGGCUUUUACUGUCCACAGGGCUGCACGUCACCUCUGCAUUGCCCUGAUGGAACGUUUUCAAAUAGCUCAGGUGCUGCAAAAUGCAGUGACUGUCCCCUUGGAUGGCUGUGUCUGGAGGGGGAGGAGCUUCAGUUGUGUCCGAAGGGACAUUAUUGCCUGGGGGGCACUGCGGAGGACAUCCUCCCUUGCCCUCCAGGCACAUACAGCCCCAAAGCAGGACAAAGCCAAGUAGAGCAGUGUUUACUGUGCUCAGCUGGAAUGUACUGUGAAGACUGGGGACUAGUUGAACCCACUGGUCCCUGUCAGGCGGGGUAUUUUUGCCUAGCAGGCAUAAACUUUCAGAAUCCCGAUGCGAAUAUUAGCACGGGUGUAGGUGGUCCUUGUCCCAUUGGGCAUUAUUGUCUGGAGGGCACGGGACUCCCUUCACCCUGCCCGCUGGGCACAUUUUCGAAUAGUCUUUAUGUAACCAUGAGCUCGGGUUGCAUUGUGUGUCCUGCUGGGAAAUUCUGUGGUUCAGUUGGCUUAAGUAGACCAUCUGGACCUUGCCAAGAAGGUUUCUACUGUCCUGCUGGGUCAACAUCAUCAACAGGAUCUGAUUCUGAAGGUGGACUGUGUCCCCAAGCACACUUCUGUCCCACUGGCAGUGCCACGCCUGUUCCCUGCCCUGCUGGUACUUUUACAAACCUAACAGGCCAGAUUCAGUGCAGUCCAUGUCAUGCUGGAUAUUACUGCCCAGAGAGCACCAGCAAAUACACACAAUUCCCCUGUCCUCCUGGAUUCUACUGUCCCGAUGGCACAAAGCACGCCACCGAGUUCCCCUGCCCACGUGGCUAUUACAACCCUGAGCCGAUGACCCACAGUUUGGACAGCUGUCUGCCCUGCCCUCCAGGCCACUACUGUGAGAAAGAGAGACUGUCCACUGUGUCUGGGAAAUGUAAAGCUGGAUGGUUCUGUGUAUCUGCUGCCUGGAACGCUCAACCCUUUGACCUGGACAACUACACUAAUGCGAACUGCCUAUGCCCUGCGUCCUCCACUGGGGGCAGAUGCCAGGCGGGCUUCUACUGCCCAUUAGGGAGCUCUGAGCCUCUACCUUGCCCUCCAGGGGCCUUUUGCAAUGCAACGGGUCUCCCCCUCCCAAGUGGACCAUGUUCUCCUGGGUAUUAUUGUACUGGAGAAGCAACUUCAUCAAAACCUACAGAUGGGAUCACUGGGGAUAUUUGCCCUCCAGGGACAUACUGUGAUGAAGGUUCCAGUGCACCAGAGCCAUGUCCAGCAGGGACUUUCUCCCCAGUAGCAGGUCUGGUAAGCCAGGAUCUGUGUCAGCCCUGCCGAGAAGGUUACUACUGUGAUACCACAGGUCUUCAAGCUCCUACAGCCCCCUGUAGGCAGGGUUACUGGUGCCCCCUCGGUCAGACGGAUGGCCUAGCUUUGCCAUGUCUGGUCGGUCAUUACUGUCCCCCAGGAAGUCCUGUCCCAAUUCUUUGUCCUUCUGGGACAUAUCAGGACAAGCAGAAACAACCAAACUGUACAAUCUGUAAACCAGGCAAGAUUAUUUUUUGUACAAUGUGCUUUUUCAGUAAUUAA